AUGCGCGAGGACCCCUGCCGUCGGUUUGCCUUCGGUAUCACAAUCGAGGACACGCAGUUGAGACUGUGGCUCGGUAAUCGUGGGUUCCUCGCAGUUACAGAGCCUAUCAACUGCUUCGAGGACAUUGAUGGUGUGAUCUCUCUCUUUCAUGUUCUUGGAUCUGUAUCUACGUCUACCUCUUUGAAAGGGCUCGGAUGGGACCCCACUGUCGAGCGGAUCUAUGUAGGAGGAAAAAUGCAAUACAAGUUCACAGUAGGCAACGAAGUGUUCACCACGACACGGGAACUUGCUACCUACAGCGCGGACUAUAUGGUUGGACGUGGAACUUGCGUGUACGAAGCCACGGACGCUAAAGGGAAGAAGGUUGCCAUCAAAGAUUCGUGGAGAGAAAUUGAUCGUCAAUCCGAGGGCAAGAUCCUAGAAAAGAUCUUGGCCUCCUGCGAGAAGAAGCUGGGAGUGGAGGAUUUCGCCGAUGCCAAGAGGCACUUCAUUGGAGUCCGGCUCUGGAAGGAUGUCACAAUUGAUGGUGCCUCGGAUGAGACGGUGAACCCGGUGGCCAGAGACGAUCAUGAUGGCACCUGGAAGUGGAAACUUAUCGAUCCCAAGCCCAUCCUCUGCGAAAGGCUGCAUUCAUCUGCUACAGGCGACGUACCCAACAGUGGUAAACUAUCUGCCUUCCUUCCCGCACAAUUGGGCAUUGUUGGACGAAAGGAAACACGAAUCCCACAGAGAGUUCACGCGCGCAUCAUUUUUGAUGAUGUUGGAGUCACUGUCAAGGAUCUAAUCUCUCUGGCUGACAGCUUGAGUUGUUUGUCUGGCGCACUGAAGCCCAGUGAAAAUCGACAAGAAUGA